AUGACUACCAUGAUUUUAACACAUAUUAUUAACCCACUAAUAUACAUUAUUCCUGUAUUACUAGCAGUAGCUUUCUUAACCUUACUAGAACGAAAAGUAUUAGGCUACAUACAACACCGAAAAGGGCCUAACAUUGUAGGACCCUAUGGAUUACUUCAACCAAUCGCAGACGGGGUGAAACUUUUUAUCAAAGAGCCAGUUAAACCAUCCACAUCUUCCCCAAUCUUGUUUCUAAUCACCCCAAUACUAGCAUUAACACUUGCUCUUAUAUUAUGGGCCCCAUUACCUACACCACACCCUUUUAUUAAUGUUAACUUAGGGUUAUUACUUAUUCUAGCAUUAUCAAGCCUUGCAGUCUACUCUAUUUUAGGGUCAGGAUGAGCAUCAAAUUCAAAAUAUGCACUAAUCGGAGCAUUACGAGCCGUAGCCCAAACCAUUUCAUAUGAAGUAAGUUUGGGACUAAUCCUAUUAGCAUUAGUUAUCUUCACUGGAAACUUCACACUACAAUCAUUUGGUACCACACAAGAGAGCCUAUGACUAGUUAUCCCAACAUGACCUUUAGCAGCAAUAUGGUACAUCUCAACAUUAGCUGAAACAAAUCGGGCGCCGUUUGAUUUAACAGAGGGUGAAUCAGAACUUGUUUCUGGUUUUAAUGUUGAAUACGCAGGGGGCCCUUUUGCAUUAUUUUUCCUUGCAGAAUAUGCUAAUAUUUUACUAAUAAACACCCUAUCGACUAUUCUAUUCUUAGGGGCAUCUCACAUUCCCUUACUACCAGAACUUACAACAAUUAAUCUUAUAUUAAAAGCAACACUACUAUCAGUCGUGUUCUUAUGGGUUCGAGCCUCGUACCCACGAUUCCGAUACGACCAAUUAAUACACCUCAUUUGAAAAAAUUUCUUACCACUAACCUUAGCCUUAGUUAUCUGACAUUUAUCCACACCUCUAGCAUUAGCAGGACUUCCACCCCAUAUAUAA